UUGUUGGCAGCAACACAAGUCUUUAGUUAGACCAGCAGUGAUAAUUAAAUACACGUAUCUAUUUUGAACGAGUAUUGUGUUAGGAACGAGCCGAGAUGCCCGCGCGCUCGCCCUAAAAACUUUCAGUUAAACACAAUAAAACAAAAAUGGAUUAUAUCAAGCGUGAAAUACCAGUCUGCGAAGUUUGCCAAAAGCCAGCCAGUCAAACAUGUGGUGGGUGCAAACUUGUGUAUUACUGUUCGAGGGCUCACCAAAAAUUGGGAUGGAAAGAAGGCCACAAAUCAAAAUGCUGCGGUUACAAAAUUCAAUAUUCCGAAGAAUUGGGAAGACACAUGGUAGCCACAAGAGAUAUCCAACAAGGUGAAAUAAUAUUGAGAGAAAAGCCGGCCGCAAUUGGUCCAAAGAUUUCUUGCAAGCCACAUUGCUUGUCAUGUGGCCUUAAACUGGAACCGAUCCAGAAAGAUGACGAAUUAGACUUCUACAAAUGUUCAUCAUGCAAUUGGCCAAUGUGUGGUGUUGAUUGUGAAAAAGCUGAAGUACAUAGGGAAGAAUGUAAGAUUAUGACUAAAAGAAAUUACAAAUGUAAAAUUAAAUACGAAAGUUCAGACAAACAAGAAGCAGCGUACUGCAUCAUUGCACCAAUGAGAGUACUAUUAAUGAAACAAACUAAUCCUCGUCAAUUCGAAAGUAUAAUGAGCUUGGAAUCUCAUCUAGAGGACAGAAUAAACACACCAUUAUAUUUGGUUUUAAAGGCCAAUCUUGUCACGUUCAUUAUUCAAGUACUCGGGCUGUCUUUUGAUGAGGAAACUAUUUUAAAAGUAUCUUCGAUAUUUGACACUAACUCCUUUGAUGUGAGAUCUCCGGAUGGAUCUAAAAGGUUACGAGCUAUUUAUGUGACAGCGUCGAUGAUGAACCAUAACUGCAGACCUAAUACGAGGCAUAUUUAUUUAGGCGAUGAUAAUACUUUAACUCUUAUUGCCACUGUGCCUAUUUUAAAAGGCGAAAUGAUAACUGCUACAUACACGCAGUCACUGUACGGUACUUUGGAUAGACGAAAGCUUUUAAAAACACAUAAAUGUUUCAAUUGCGAAUGCGACAGAUGUAAAGAUCCGACGGAAUUUGGUACAUAUUUAGGAAAUAUUUACUGCUCCGUCUGUAAUAGUGCUAGUUUAGAAUCAUCUUCGGAAAAACGUGGCAUGCUAGUUUCAACAAAUCCUUUAGAUGAAACAGCGCCUUGGCAUUGUGAAAAAUGUGGGUACUAUAUACAAAGCAGGCAAAUGUUUUGGGGCAAUAAUGCGUUAAAACAAGAACUAAAUACACUUAAUAAAUCUGGACCUAGAUGUUUCGAAGAAUUUAUUGAUAAGUAUAAAGCCACACUACAUCCGACGAAUCAUUUGGCCAUUCAAGCCAAAUUAGCCUUGGUGCAGAUUUAUGGAAAUUAUGAGGGGUAUACAUUGGCAGAUCUUCCAGACCAUCUUAUAAAACGUAAAAUAGACCUUUGCCAUGAUCUGUUAGAUGUAGCUGAUAAACUUGAGCCAGGUUGGUCAAGGUUCCGUGGCACCAUAUUGCUGGAACUGCAAUCUGCUAUGACGAUGCAAACCAAGAGGGAAUUCGAAGACGAUAUAAUAACCAAAUCUGCAGCACAGGACCAAUUAAUGGAAAGCAUGGUACUCUUGCAAGAAGCUGCGAAUAUACUGAGAAUAGAACCUCAUAUGAAGACAGUUCUGGAGACAAAAGUUCAAGAAUUAUCUAACUUACUAGACAACACAAAUCUCUAGUAUUGGCUAACGCUUUACAGCAUUAUAGUAGGUUCCGGUUAGUUUAAUUGAGACCACGUUAUAAUUUAUAAGGUAGGUACAAUUGAAAGUGGUUUUUUUAUCAUUUACAGAAAAUAUAUAAAUAACAUUAUACAAGUUUAUAUUUAGCAUUUAUAACAUACAUUUAUAUAGUUUUUAUCGUAAUUAUUCUAAAAAUAUAAACGCAUUUACAAGUUAUAUUGCAAGCCUUUCUAAUUCUUAAUAUUUUCAUUUUCAACCACCACCACAUCGUGUAUUUGACACUAUUUUGCUCCAGUUGCCAUUUUUUUUUCUACAUGCGUCGAAACUUUUAGCAUCUGUAGUAUUCUAAAGUUCACUUUAUUUCAUAUUGGUGAUAAGGUGAAAAGAGGCUUAACGUCGUUUAAUACCUGCUCUUUAUUCUAAAUAUCUUUAUUAAUUUUUUAUAUAUGUUCUACUUUUAGUGGUGUAACCUUUGUUGGUCUCGUAGUAGCUUCAUCGACCUUAGGAACACUAAGUUCCAUGGUGUGUUUGUUUAUAUGUAAAAUAUUUUUGACAACUCUUGAUAAUUUUCUAUUAGGACGUGGACUGUUAUCGAUGACGAAAAUUUUUUCAAUGUUGUUAUUUUGGAUUGACCGUUUCUUUUUCUUUACCUAGAGAAAUAAAUAAAAUUACAUUAA